AUGCCCAUAACGCUUUUAGACCUACCAAGCGAGCUCCUAGACCGAAUCGUCGAGCUGGUGCUGUGCUACAAAGGCCUGGCCCCAGAACGCCCCCUACCACCAUGGCUAAACUAUGUGCCUUGGCCCCGUCAGGAGGGGGACUGUCUUUCUGCACCGCACGGUGUUUGUACUGUUAAAUACUGGAGCGCCCAGGAGAAAUAUCAUGAUGCCUGGAUAUCCAACUCUCUAUCCCUCCUCCUUGUCAACCAUCAAAUAGCCGAAAUAACCAAAAGAAGACUCGAUGAAUCAAUUAUGCCAUCGAUAUUCAACCUCGACGUGAUCCUCAGCGACGAGAGGGAACUACAUCCACGAUGGACCUUCCUUUCAAACCCCUGUCACCACGUCGACGAUCUCACAGUCACCAUCAGGGUAGCAGGCACUUGUCCAACAACGAACUGGCGCAGAUACCACUUCCUACCCGACGGCGACUCCCCACCCCGAAUCCUAUGGACAUUCUUCUAUCUGUUAGAACGCUUCCUGGAAGUCGGCCCUUUGGCCGAGCACAGAGUCCCUAGUCCCGGACCCCGUAUGGACGAUAUGUCCUUUACGAUCAACCGGUUAACCUUGGACUUUGUCUCACCAGUCAAUGAGGAAUCGUUAGCACCCGCCGAUAUGGGCUUCUGGGAUUGGAUAAACGGGGGCGCCGAUGAAGAUCACACAAAGUCAUCCACGGCACUUUGUAGUGGGGUUUUCGGGUUGCUUAUGCGACCGACUUGGUUGGCUGAUUUGAUUAGUGAGUAUGUUGGGUAUCUUCUCGGUAUGAGUAUCUCUAUGGCUCCUUAUGGGAAGUUGUUGUAUGAGAAGUAUCAGGAUCUGUGUUGA